AUGCAAAUCCCAACAAAAUUUUUAGUUUUUUUUAAUUUGGUUAUAUUAUUUGUAUUUUUAAAUUUUGAGCGUGUAGAGUUAAAGUUAAACAAUAUAAUAUACGACAAGAAUAAUUUUAGUAACAAUAAUUAUAAUUAUUAUGUAAACAAUAAUAAUGAUGAAAAUAGCCAAGGAAAGGAUUCUGCUGAUAAUAUAGACAUAAUAAAGAACGACGAUGUUGUAGAUAAUAAAGAGAAUGAGGAAAUGAAUAGUUUGGAUGUUUUUAAUAAGGAUGAUGAAAAUUCCCAUCACGAAGAUAACGCUCAACAUGGUGAAAAUCUCCAUAACGAAGAAAAGGAUGAUAAUGAUGAUGAUGAUGACGAUGAUGAUAAUAAUAAUAUUGAAGAAGAUCUGGAUAACGAAGAUAAGAUGUAUUUUGAAGGAAAUCCAAAGAAUCAAGAAGAUUCACUUGAUGAGGAUAACUCACAAGAUAUUGUUAAAUCGGAACAGGAUUCUUAUGAUGAUGAUUCAAAACAUUUUAGUGAUAACACUAAUGUGUACGAAACCAAUAGCAACAUAUUUGUAGAGAAUAAACAAGAUGAUGAUAAUGAAGAAAAAGACGAUGAAUAUUAUUUAAAAGUUCAAGAAGGUGAUCAUAUAACCGUUAAUAAAAAAGAAGAAGCUAGUGGUUUCGACGUAGACCAAGGUGUAAGCACCUUGUCCUUUGACACUAAUAUAAAGAAAGACGUUGAAGAUAAGAUGAACAAGGAAAUUGCUUCUGUCAAUGAAGAAGAGGAGAAUAGGCAGGUUGAGGAGAAUAAGAACAUGAAGGAAGAAGACAAAGGAGAUUUGUUAAGCACAAGUGAUGGUAAUAAUGAUAAUAAUGAUGAUAAUAAUGAUAAUAGUGAUGAUAAUAAUGAUGAUAACAAUGAUGAUAAUAAUGAUGAUAACAAUGAUGAUGAUGAAGACGAAGAUGAAGACGAAGACGAAGAUGAGGAUGAUGAUGAUGAUGAAGAUGAUGAUGAAGAGUAUCAUGUGAAUAAAGAUAAUAGAGAGAAGAAAAAUAAGAACAGUGAUAAUAUAUCAUUGUUAGGAAAGAGAAAAAUAUCACAAGAUUCUAUAAGAGAUGAAUUAUCUAGAAAUAAUGAAAAUGAUUCUAUAUAUAAUAUAGAACAAGAUGGUAAAGAAAGAAAAGAAGAUGAUUAUAGAGAACAGCAACAAAAUGGUCAUAUGAUAUCAAAUAUAAAUAAUACAUGGAAUAGUAUAUUUAAUUUAUUUAGAAAGAAUAAUUCCCGAUUUAUUAAUAAUGUAGAUUAUUUUAGAAAGGAGAUACAAAAUGAAUUUUCAUUUAGAAAUGGUUUAUAUUUUAGUCCAACCACUGUAGGUGAAUAUAAUAAAUUAGUAGAUACGAAGCGAUAUGCAUAUAUUAAAUUACCAGAAAAUACAUUAAUUUUUGUAAUAACGGCUAAUAAGUUUUUUUUUCAAGACCUUAUAUAUUCUAAUAAUAAAUAUUUAUCUGUAAAAAGAAAGUUUACAUUUGCCAUGAAUUACUUAAUUCGUAAUUUAAAGAAAAAAUUUUUCUUUAGAAAUUAUCAGUAUCAAUAUUUAUUUAAAGAUGAUUCUUUUGCUUACGAUUCUACAAGAAGAUUAUUAGAUAUGGAUUUAUUAGGAGAAUUAUCUAGAGUAACUCAGACUAUACAUCUAGGUGAUUUCGAAAAAAGAAAGGUUAGUAUGCAUAAAUUAUAUGGUGGCUGGUUUCAUUUCUUAGGUAUUAUGGUUAUUAAUGGAUAUAAUUGUAAUAUAUAUGAGAAAAAUACGAAUGUGGAAAAAGUACAAGUUAUUCCAAAACAUAUGAUACAUGAAUUUAAAGAACUAGUAAAUAAAAAACAUGAUGAUUAUCAUAGUGGAUAUGUAGUAGGUUUAUGGAGAGAUUUCCCAAGAAAUACCUUUUUGCCAUGGAGAUUUUCUGUAGAAUUAUUUUUAUGGGAUCUAUUAAAUGUCUUACCACAUGAAUUACCACACCCAGCCAAAUUAAUAAUGACUUAUAAUAAAAAUAUGAAUGCAUUAUUAUAUUCAAAUGGAAAACAAGAAGAUACUGACAUGAAGGUUGCCCAAGCGUCUGAUGUUAUGCUUAGUAAUAACAGCAUGAAAAAUAAUAACAUGAUAUAUAAUAAUAACAUGAUAAAUAAUAAUAACAUGAUAAAUAAUAAUAACAUGAUAAAUAAUAAUAACAUGAGAAACAAUAACAACAGUAGUGAUUUUCUUUAUGUACAAACGAAAAAGUUAAAAGAUAAUAAUUAUUAUAAUAUGUUAUUAAAUGUAUGGCCUGAACAAGUUAAAAACAUUGUUAGAAAACAUCCUGGUUUUGAUGUUGCUCUGGUAUUAGAAGAAGAUUAUUUGAAUAACAUAAAUAAUGAAGAUGAUUAUUAUGUUGAUAAUGAACAAAACAAUAACAUUUUUAAUUAUGAUGAUAAAAAUAAUAAUGGACAUGGUUAUAUCUUCUUAAUCUUGUUAAACAAAAACUUUUUUGUUGAUGAGUUUAUGAAAAGUUCCAAUUAUGAAGAAGCCAAAAAAAAUUACUUCUGUGAUAAAAUGAAGGAAAUUAUGGAAGAUUUGGAAAAAUUAUUGGAUGAUUUGAAGCAUAAAUAUUGUCCUGUUGACGACAACAACAAUGAUAAUAAUCAUGAUAAUAAUCAUGAUAAUGAUAAUGAUAAUCAUGAUGAUAAUCAUGAUGAUAACCAUGAUGAUAACCAUGAUGAUAACCAUGAUGAUAAUCAUGAUGAUAAUUUUCCAACUGAACGACCGGUUGCUACCUUUUACAAUUAUCUUACAGAUAAAUCGAAUUAUAAAAAAAUAAAUCCUCAUAUUCUUGGAGAAAUUGCUGGAAUUACGAAACAUCUAAGAUGUGAAGAUUAUCCUAAUAUUUCAGAUAGAUGUGUUAAUAAUAUAUCUAUACAUCAUAAAUAUGGAGGCUGGUUUGAAUUUGGUGGCGCUAUUCAUCUAAAGAACAUGAAUUAUGUUGAACCUACAUAUGAACAACAUGAUGAUAUUAUGAAAGAAACAUUUGAAGAAGUUAUAUUGGCUCAAGCAAAUUGUAAAUGUAAAAGUAUUGGAUUGUGGAGAGAUAUACCUGAAAAAGAUAUGUCUGAAUAUAGAUAUCCUUUGAAUGUUUUUGUUUUAGAAAAUCCAAAAUAUAAUGUAUUGAACUUACAAGAUAUACAUCCAUAUCUUGUUGUAGAUAUAUUAAGUAAAGGAUUGAAUGCAAUGAAAGCAUAUGCCAGUGGUAAAAUGUAUAAUAUUGUAACAUCGAAGGAAAUAUUAAAUAAUAAUGAUAAAGAAAAUAAUAUGUCGAAUGAAAAGAAUACUACCAAUGAUUACUUAAAUAAUUAUUAUAGUGAUAGUACCGAUGUUCCAGACGACGAAGAAGAAAUAGAAGAUGAAAAAGAAGGGGAAGAAGAAAAGGAAGAUGAAAAGGAAGAAGAAAAGGAAGAAGAAGAAGAGACAACUUUACAAUCUAAAGAUGUUGAUGAUAAUGGACCAAACGAUCCCUUCUACGAUGGAACAUUUAAUGUUUUAAAUAAAGAAAAUAAAGAUGUUGACGAUAAUGGACCAAACGAUCCCUUUUACGAUGGAACAUUUAAUGUUUUAAAUAAAGAAAAUAAAGAUGUUGACGAUAAUGGACCAAAUGAUCCCUUCUACGAUGGAACAUUCAACGUUUUAAAUAAAGAAAAUUUACAAACAACUUCACAAUCUAAGGAUGUUGACGAUAAUGGACCAAACGAUCCAUUUUAUGACGGAACGUUCAACGUUUUAAAUAAAGAAAAUUUACAAACAACUUCACAAUCUAAAGAUGUUGAUGAUAAUGGACCAAACGAUCCAUUUUAUGACGGAACGUUCAACGUUUUAAAUAAAGAAAAUUUACAAACAACUUCACAAUCUAAGGAUGUUGAUGAUAAUGGACCAAAUGAUCCAUUUUAUGACGGAACAUUUAACGUUUUAAAUAAAGAAAAUUUACAAACAACUUCACAAUCUAAAGAUGUUGAUGAUAAUGGACCAAACGAUCCCUUCUACGAUGGAACAUUCAACGUUUUAAAUAAUGAUAUUAAAGAGAAUGAGCAAGAUGCAGAUAUUAUAGCUCAAGGUUCAAGUGAUCAAACACAAGAAUAUAUAAAAGACGUAGAAAAUAAUGUAGAAAGAAAUAAUGAAAACAAUAAUAAAAAAAAGAAUAAUGAUAAUAAUGACGACGACGAUGAUGAUGAUGAUGAUAGUACAAAUGAAAAUGGAAAUUCAUUAAAAGGUACAAUAUCAGAUAAUCAAGUAACAAGUAAUUUUAGAGAGAAAUUAUUUAUAUUUAUAAUACUAUGUUUAAUAUCUGUAUGUCUAGCUUUAUUAGUAAGUAUUGCUAUAAAGGUAUAUGCAUCUGUUAUGAAAAAAAAAAUAGGUGAUAAGCAUGAUGUUGUUUUAUCCUUUAAAGAUAGAGAAGAAAUUCCUGUUGUUUCUGGAAUACCAGCUCCAUGGUUAAGUUCUUAA